AUCCCGCACCGGCCGGUCCCGCUCAUAUUUACAAUGGACAUGGAUGGGAUGCUGAAUACAUGCAUAUGCACAUAUUAAGUAGGCGAAGUCCAGCUACCCAGGUAACCUGGUCUAGCUAUCGCUCUCUUCUGCUAAACACCAAAGAAAAAAAAACCCCCCCGAUAUUCAAUUCCCUACCGCCAUACCCAAUCAACCAAGUCGCGAAGCAUCCAGGUCUCAGUGGCGCGUGCUACCCAUUCGCAAGACAUUCACCAUUCGCCUACUCUUCACCACCUUCGCCGAUCCGUACGAAACAUAUCCUCCUUUUCUCUCUCUCUCGCUCGCUCGCGUCCAACUCCUCCACGCGCUUCCGAUGAUGCGCGUCGAUUGGUGUCCGACUUGCGCUUAACCACCCCUGCCUUCGCCGGUACGCGAACGACAUCUCGAGCAAGACCAUGCGCAGCCUCACGAUUGCUGUGACUGUGACGUGGUCGCUGCUGUUUCAUCAUGGCCCUCUCACCUAGCCGUCCGUCGCCCGCCGCUUCCACUCCCUUCGACAAAUCAUCUUCUCGCGACUCCGUGCCUUAUUACAGCGCCAUGGCCCCGUCCUCGUCUGGCUCGUCCCCCCAAGGCCCCGCCAUAGAUCACCGCGACUAUACGGAUGCUGAUAUCGCCAUCCUCCACAAUAUUGUGACCCGAGCUGAGGCCAUCCUGUCCGAACUCACGCCUUCUUCCCGCCUGCCGACCCAUGCCUUGUUCAAGGCCUAUGACGAGGUUCUCCCCGAGUAUGGUAUCGACCCGGACGACGACCAGCACCUCAGUAAGAUUGUGUUCCUGGUUGGCGGGGUCAAGAACGCGAAUUCGCUCCAGGAGAAGUUCAGAACUGCCAUGUCUCGCCUUGGCGUCACCCUGCAGAUGGACCAACCCCAAAUACCGGGAAGCGAUGCCGGCGAUGCUUACGCCAACUCGGCGUACACAUCUGACGGCUUUUCUGUUGCUAGCGACGCGGUAGGUGCUGGUAUCGUCCCUCGGAGAGGUCCGCAUCCACAACCGCCUAAAAUCACGAAUGGCGGGUACGCCGAAUCUACUACCGACGAAGCCAGUGGUGAAUGGAUUGCUUCCGAGGAUCGCGAAGGCCGAGAUUAUGACGAGUUUGGCGGAGACGCGUUCAAUGGCGACGCUGCCGCCAACCUCUCCCGGAUCGAACAGCACCUCGAAAGCAGCGCUAUCGCUUUCCGUAAGAAGCACCACAACAAGUUUUCUACCGUCGCCACCUUUCGAUAUUGGCAGAAGAGGUCUAGUUUCAUCGACAAUUUGUGUGGGCAGUUCGAAGCCGCUCGCCAGGCUGACUUGGAGGAAGAGGCCGAGGCAAAAUUGGAAGCAUGGAGAGCCAUCGCGGCCGAGGUUGACGUGGUGCCGCUGGAGGCUAUACCAUCCAAUGUGUACUCGAAGCGAAUCGAGGAUAUUGCCGUGCGCGCCCACGAGAUCCACGUGGCCAAGACCGCUUUUCGGCGCUGGCGGGUAUGUGCUAGAGGAGAGAGUCGGAAGCCUCGCCGGACGGGCGAGGACUCCGAGGAUCCCUUUGAGCGCGUCGCCGCAAAGGCGCACAAGAAUCUGAUGUUGUCGCGCGCCUUCGUGAAAUGGUCUAAUAGGCUCGAAGAGGAGUCGAAGAAGGCACAGAUGGCCACCCAAGUCUAUGAACAAAACUUGAAAUCUAAAGCGUUCGGCGUUCGCCGCCCCCUUGACGAAGUCGCUUGCGCCGACGAGGCUCGCAAUGCUCCCUCCGGCGCACCACCUACUGGUCCCGCGGUAUCCAGCGACGCCCCUCGAAUUAUUCCCAACCAUGACGACCCGGAAAGCAAUAUUCCUUCCGUCCAACCUACCGCCCCACCCUCCCUCGCAAUCCGCCCUCGCCAAGAUGACACCCCCGAGGCGCCCGCGGAAAGCAACGUCGCUGCCGGAGACGAUGGCGGCGACCCGGACGACGAGGUAGACGAGAAGACUCUCCUCGCGCGACGCCAUAUCCUCCGCAUGCGUUUCUACGAUGCUUGGGAGAGGUACACGGCGGACAACGUGAACAGGGUGAGGAGUUUCAAGUCGGAGCAACAAGAGCAGCGCAUUGCUCACACCAUCCCCAUCUGGCGCUCCCAGGCCGAGCACGUUUCCCAGGAACAAGAGGUGCUGAGGCUGAACGCGGAAAGGGUAAACUACUGCCACAAUGCCGGACGAAUGCUGCAUACAUGGCGACAGAGGAUCCAAGAGGACGUGCAAGGACAGGACGAACUCCUAGAAAGCUACGCGGCCCGGGCCAAUUUCUAUUACAAGGCCACCAAGUGCCUGCCUUUUUGGCGGGGUGAAACCGGCCAGGUUUUCAAACAGCAGGAAAUUCUCAAGCUGUAUGCCGAUCGCGCCAAUUAUUAUCAUAGCGCUACGAAAGUGCUCCCUAUAUGGAGAAUGCAGACGCAGAAGGUGACCGAAUACGAAGAACAGAGGCUCGUCCGCUAUGCCCGGCGAGCCAACUACUAUUACCGGGCUCGGACAACGCUAUUGACGUGGCACCGUCUUGCUAAGCAAAGGCGCAAGGAGAGGUUGAAAGACGCGCACUUGGAAACUCGCCGUCUGGUGAAGAAAGGGAUGGGCCUGCGGUGCAUCGCACAAUGGCGCGAGAAACUGCAGCCAAGCCUUGAACGAUACGACACGAUGGAUGCGAUCCUCGAAGAUGUCUUCGCGGACCAGGAAUGGCGACGGACCGCCGACGCCUUCGGCGCGUGGCACGAGACGGCGCAGCAGCGGGAUGAAAUGAACCUCAUGAGCGACACGAUGGUUAAAGAGAAGGUGCUCGGAAGAUGGAGGGGACGGUCUGCCCACCACAGACGAGCACGUGCCGAAGCCAUGGAGCACUGGAAACAAGUAGCCGUGCCUCGAGCGCUGAAGAACUGGAAUCUCCGCUCUCUCCAGGUGCCGAAUCGGCCAGUGAUGGUCGCGAACGCGCUGGAGAAGAGGGACCGGAGGCUGGUGCGCGCGAGCUUUGACAGUUGGCACAGCCUCGCGGUAGACAACCUGGUUCCGGUCGAGCUUUCCGGCGGUGGUUACGGAGGCGUGAAUCAAAUAAUAAUAGAUGCUCGACAUCAAGCAUCGCUAAACCGAGCGCGAGGUCUGCUGGACCACUGGCGGAUGGCGGCGGCACGAAAUAGGAGAGAAACGACCCAGGAAGAGGUCUACGCGCCGACGCCGGGGAGACCACACAUCUUCCUGGGGACCCUCGGUAGCAGGGAGACGACUACGCCGCUGGCGCCGGUGCCCAGCCGAACCUGGCGGGCUAGCGAGACGGCGACGAGGGGGCUGGGGCCCGGAGCGAGAGCGAGCCGGAUCGGCCGCACCGGGAGGAACCUCAGGGUGUCGUGGGCACAGUGAAUAUCGGGGCUUCGAUAGCAUUUCGUGGGCGUUGGCGGGUCGACUUGGCU